ACUUAAAGCAACAUUUCUGACCAUUUAAUUUGCUUUGGAAAGAGAAUUAAAAGCUCUCGGCUGCUGCAGGUUGGGUGCGUGUGCAGUGAUUUAAAACGCGCGCGCGCACACACACACACACACACACACACACACACACACACACACACACACACACACACACACACAUAGAGCUAUAACCAGACAUCACUUCACGUCAUAAAGUGGGAGUACCAGUGACUCCAUACAAAGGGUCCCACUGGCUCCCCUCCCUCCUCCCCCCUGCGUCACCGGGAGGAGAGGGAGGCCAAACGACAGCCAAAAAAAAAAAAAAGGAGAAAAGUUUGGAGACAGGGUUGACAUUCAAAAUGCACACUUCACUCAAGAUCAGCCUGCUACACCAAACUAAUACUUAAAUCCGGUAAAUAUUGCCAGGAAGGAGUGUGUUGACUUCUCCCCUGCUGCCUCCACAUGACAGGUUAAUAGGUGACUUUUUUUGGAGCUCUGUUGGCCAUGUUUCCCAGCCCCGGCUGCACGUCCACUCCCUUCUCCGUAAAGGAUAUAUUAAACUUGGAGCAGACUCAUGACGUUAUGGUGUCUUCUCUGGACGUGUCUUCCCGCAUGGACUGCUGCAUCGCGCCGACCUCUUCUUCCUCCUCCUCCUCCUCUUCCUCCUCCUCUUCCUCCUCUUGCAUGCUGGCCCGCCUGAAGCAGGAGCCUCUCCGGGACAUGUCCGCCGCCGGCUCGCUGUUCGGAGAGGAGCUCCACGAGUCCAGGGCCGACAGAGGUAAUGCGCUCAGCUUCGCUGCCGCCUUUUAUGGGAAAUCUCUCCUGGAGAUGGACGUGGUCAAGGACGGGAAAUCAGACGCGUUUGAUGGGAAACGGAGAAAAGAGGAGUUCAGUCCUCCGGUCGAGCCUGUGGACGACGCUAAGCCCGAGGAUCCAGACCGACCGAGGCCGCGGAGGCGCCGGAAGCCGCGCGUCCUCUUCUCCCAGGCGCAGGUGUACGAGCUGGAGCGCCGCUUCAAGCAGCAGAGGUACCUGUCCGCCCCGGAGAGGGACCACCUGGCCGGCGUGCUCAAACUCACCCCGACCCAGGUGAAGAUCUGGUUCCAGAACAGGAGGUACAAGUGCAAGCGGCAGAGGCAGGACCAGAGCCUGGAGAUGGUGUCCCUGCCGCCGCCCAGGAGGGUGUCGGUGCCGGUGCUGGUGCGGGACGGGAAGCCUUGCCUGGCGGCGGACUCGGCCCCUUACAACCCGUCCUCCUACAGCGUGGGCCACAUCAACCACUUCACUUAUAACAACUACCCGGCGUUCAGUAACUACACCAGCCCCGGCUGCAACACGAACUAUGCGUGCAGUUACCCCGCAGCCUCGAUGCAAACUAUGCAGGGAUCCUCCGGCGGAGGGAACUACAUGAACUUCGGUGUGGGGGACCUGGGUAACGUGCAGAACACGUUCCCCUCCAGUAACGGGCCGUUACAUGGCAUCAGGACAUGGUAAACCAACGGGCCGCGCGCUCCGGUCACCUGUUCACUACACCGGGCUGCGUUCUGACUGCAUGGCUUUUUUUAAAAAAACGUGUCGAGACUUUGAAGAGUUUGUGUAACUUCUCCUAUAUUUAAUAAUUUUAACUUGGGUUUUUUCGUUUUUUCGUUUAUUGUGUUCAGCACCAGUAUUUGUCUGAAUAGUUUAGAUACGUUUUUAUUUAUGCUCGUGUGAUUGGCACACGGACAAGACAUUUCAGCCCAAAUGUAUACAAUUGAAAAACAAAAAUUGCGACUGCAGCUUUAAUUUUUUUUUUUUUUCAAAUUUGCCUCACCAUUUUCCAAUUUAAUAUAUUAUUUUUUGACACGCUAAAUGAUGAUCAAUCAAUCAGAGAGUGAACGACUUUAAAAAGAUAGGGGCAAUUAGUUUGCAACAAAUAUUUCAUGUAGGCCAUUAUUAUUAUUAUUAUUAUUAUUAUUAUUAUUAUAGUUAACAUUAAACCUAAUUAAAAUUGUUUACAGUAAUGUUGAGCCUCUAGUUUUGCUCUGGCUGGCAAUCCAAAAAUAAUUAAAAAUAAAAACAAUAAUAUCAGGAAACUACAAAUAUUUAAGCCACAUUAUAUAAUAUGUAACAUGGAAGUGUAAUUAUGGCAAUAUAAAGACAGCAUGUAAUCCAUGUCUCUGGGUCACAUACUGGUUGAACUGGUCGUACAAUAGAUCACCAUGAAGGGGCCCAACAUCUGUACGGCCCUCAUAUGGUUUGUGUCUGGUUAAAAUGUUCAAGUGGCUAUUAGGAAGCUUCCUUCAAUAUGCUUCAACAAGGUUAAAAGGUUGCUAAAAGUUUACACAUUUUACAACCCGCUGUCAGCCACAUGUACACUCCACACAUGUUUAAAGUCACUGUGACGGAGGCGGCUGUGAGCUGUGACCUUGAGCAGUACUGAAGGUUUUGUUGAAGUCAGGGUUUGCUGAUUUAAUCAGGAAAUGUGUUUUUGAUUCUUUAGAACUACAAAUCUUUUGAUUUUUUUUUGCCAAUCGUGUUGCGCACACGCGCUUUUUCUGUAGGAUCUGUCGAAAAUUCUUCCUGAGAGUCGACAACAUUGUUGACAAGUUCAAGAUGUUACCUGAUCAAAUAUGAUUUUCAUUAUUUUUGGACAUUUGAUUAUUAAACACUUUCGUUUUGAAACUUU